UGUCUUUAUCACAUGCAUAAGCCGUUGAUUCUUGACGAAACAAAAAACCACCAAAUUCAAGAUACGAUGCUGAUUCUUAAAUACUUAUGAGAAUUAUAAAUAUAUCUUCGUCGUUUAUAUAAUAUCAAGAGGUGAAGUGCGACAACUACACAUAGAAUGUGUUCUACUUAGAGAAUGAGUUGAAGGAUUCCUCGUCAUCCUGAUUAGGAAAUGCCGCGGCUCACUCUACUAGUCUAAUCCCUUAGUACGCGAUCCCAACUCGCUGAUUAUAUGAACAACUAAAUGGAAUCAUCUUCUUUCCCCAGUUUAAGAGUAUCAUUUUGAUAGCUUUUAUAUCAGAUAAUUCGGAAUGAUUAUCGCAAGCCAGAAUGACGUCCGAUGAACUAUUUUCAAUUCCUAUUCCUACUCUCAAGUCGCAUCCCGGGGGCAGCAUCGUGUGCACAUUACCAGCACCCCAAGUCUACGUGCUGACAUGGACCUCACCACCGGAUAACAGGCUUACGCCCGCAUUCAACACUGCGCUUAUGACCGCUCUCGAUGUUAUUGAGUUCGGCCAUCCACCCGGCGUCGUUAUAACAACAUCCUCCAUCUCCAAGUUCUACUCUAAUGGUCUUGACUUGCCACUUGCGAUUGCGACACCGGGAUUCUUCGAAAACAGCUUGUACCCGCUAUUCCGAAGAUUCCUGACUUACCCUAUGCCGACCAUCGCUCUGAUCAAUGGUCACGGUUUCGCUGGAGGGCUUAUGUUGGCUAUGCAUCACGAUUACCGGGUUUUCACGGGUACGAAGGGUUAUGUAUGCGUCAACGAGCUCGAAUUCGGAGCGCCGUUAAUGCCGCCCAUGAGUUCCAUCUUCAGAAUUAAGACAGCACCCAACGUGUAUCGCAGCUUAGUCCUGGAGGCGCGACGUUUCGAUGCGAAGAGCGCGCUAGAAUCUGGUUUAAUAGAUGCGAUCGGCGAGUUGGACGCAGCAUUAAACUUGAUUAAAGAGCGAGCGCUAGUUAAAAAGGGAACCACCGGUGCCUAUGGAAUGUUGAAGUUGGAAAUGCAUCGCGAAAGCGUGGCAUUGUUGGAUGCUAAAGCCACUGAAGCAUCAAGCGGUCCUGGAAUGCAAGCAGCUGAAAAGAAGAGAAAAGCCGAGGGAACGAAGCGGUUUCAGAAAUGGAAGGAAUCUCACCCUGAUAAAGCUAAAUUAUAGGGCCUUACAGCUGUAAUGGGAGCUGAAAUUGUACCCUGUUUAAGGGUUGGCACGCUGUAACCUGGGCAUAUU